UUAGUAUCAGUCAAUCGCUUUUGCGUGCACGCAAUGAUAUACCAUCUCAAGAAGACGGUGUAUCCUCUUCUUAUUGUCAUUGGCUCGUGGACAUUGAGUUUAGCUAUAGACCCGCGCCCAAUUACUAUGCUAAGCAAGGCUUGUCAACAAAUGUCGUUUAAGCUUCAAAAGCUGAUUCCUCAUGAAGGAAUCUAUGAAGACGGACAACUCCAAGGUCAGUUUGCACGAGAAGCUUGUUUCAUUCCUUGUAUGACCGAGAUGGCCAAGUAUCGCAAGUCUCGUCUUGAAGCUCAUACAAACGCAGACCUUUGUAAUGCUGGUGAUGAUGUCUGCUAUUGCUUGGAUAAGCUCAGCCCCGGAUCUCUUCCUGAACAAAAGAUACCUGUAGGAACAAAAGCUUCGGAUGGUGUUAACUACGGCUAUGGCAGUCUUGGGGGUGCUGCAUUCAUGGGAGUAAUGCCGCCCUAUACGUUCCCAUGGCCAACGAUCGUCAAUAUGCCUCGGACCUUUUCUACCACUACGAGUGGUGUCUCGACUUCCCGAUUUUCUUUCCCAUUUGCAGUGCCCAUUGCAAUGGCACCAGCUUUGCGCAACUCAAACAAAGGCAAGUCUAAGCAACAGCAGUUCCCCAAGCAAACUGUACAGACGUCGUUCCAAGUGAUACAGUGCCGAUGUUCUAUGCAAGUUGAAUACCUCAAAUUGCACAUUCAGGACGAUUUAGACUUACAGCUAGGCCACCCUCAAGCUGAACCUAUCUGCGACCCUAUCAAAAUAGCAGCAAGACACCAAAUCGAUGGCUGGGAACUGCUCUCUCAUAAUCGACCAGGGACUUGGCCACUGGCGGAAUCUUAUUCAUGCAAUACCACGGAUCCGACCCCCGAUCGUCGCUUUUGUCACAUACCUGAGUUUGCCUGGCAAUGCAUACCAUUGGCAUUGCCAACCCAAUCAAAACCCUCACGGCUCUUGGUUGAAGCUUUCCUUUGAUUCGGAGGUUUUCGAAUCUCAGGACUGCCGGAUCUCAGAGCAAUUUCUUUUUGAAGACAAUCAAAUUUUAGCUGUCAAGCUCUUCUAGCUAUUAACCCCUUUAAUCAAAUGCUCA